AUGGGUAGGCGGUACGUGGAUGGAGGGUUUACUAACAGUGUACCCUGCUUUGAUGACAAGACGACCAUCACCGUGUCCCCGUUCUUUGGGGAGCAUGACAUCUGUCCUAAGGUCAAGUCCACGAACUUCCUGUAUAUGGACGUGUCCAAGAUCAGUCUCCGCUUCUGCUUAGAGAACGUCCAGCUGAUAAGGCAAAUGGUGUUCCCCCCAGAUGUCAAGGUGCUUGCAGAGUUAUUCCUACGAGGGUAUUUAGACGCGGUCAGGUUCUUGGAAGAAAACGGCAUCUGUGACAGGCCCUGUCCGAGCCCGAGUGUGCCCUCGGCAGCGCCCGAGUUCCUUCUGUUCUCCUGGGAAACUGCAAGCCCCGAGGCUUCCCCGGGGGCGGCUGCCUGGCAGGGGAGGCCCGAGGUGGCCGAGCUGCUGGCCCACCUGCGUGUCAGCCUCCGGCCCUGGGACGAGAGCAUCCUGGAGACCCUGUCGCCCAAGCUCAUUGCGGGCCUGAGUGAGGCACUUAGACCCCGAGGUGGCUGCUGGAGCAAGAUCUGCAGCUUCCUACCGGUGAAGGUCAUGUCUUACAUGAUGCUGCCCUGUACGCUGCCCGUGGAGUCCGCGCUCGCCAUGGCCCAGAGACUGGUGCAGUGGCUCCCCGACAUUCCUGACGACGUCCAGUGGCUGCAGGCCAUAACUUCCCAGGUUUGUUCUCUACUGAUGACGCACCUGCUCCCCACGCUCAGACUUGCGGAGCCCUAGGCUGGUGGUGGAACCCCGAAGUCCAGACUGAAACAUGGCCUGGUGAUGUGGCCGCUCUGAAAUCUGUACCCCGAUGCGCAGCCAGGAGGGCCUUCUUCUGGUUCCGAGGGCUGGAUCUUAUCCUGAGAAUCCUGGGUCUUGGCUUUCUCUGCUCAACGGCGGUCCUCCGCACCUCCUCUGGGCUUCUGUGAGACACUGGGCACCCCUGGCCCAGUACUGGACGGGGGUGGGCACUCAGGAGGCGGGGCCUCUGUUGCUACUGUUAUUGGCAGAUAUGGGGGGUUAAAAGGUGGGGGGUUGGCAGGAUCCGGUUUGCACUGGGAAUGACCACGGUGACCUCAUGGAGGAGGCUGGUCUUGGGCCCGAGUGGCGGCAGGCUCGCCAGUGAGAGGGCAGCCACCCUGGCCCAGGCACAGACCAGGAGCCUGGUCUCAGUACAGCGUGGGGUUGACAGGUGUUCAGAGGCUCCAGGGCCCAAAGGAGGUGCUGGCUGCAAGCCCUGGAACCUGCGGCAUCCUGAGGGAGGGGCAGCCAGGCAGAAGGAGGCAGUAGGGCUUCAGGGGCACCCUGCCUGUCCCUGCCCUACUCUACCCUUCCCUGCCCUGCCGGGAGCUGCUUUGUGUGAAGGAAGCUGAUGGGCUCUGUCCUGCCAUGCAGGCCAGGGGGAGGUGUCCCGGAAGCUGGGACAGCCACAGGCUGGCAGGCCGGGUGGGGACACUGGCCCAGCACCGGGCCGGCAGGGGCUGUGUUCUCCAGAAGGGCACCGAGGUCAGGGCCCUUAGACGAUGGCAGUGAUUUGGAAACAUAAGGGCAGCUUCCUGUCUGUUGACCAUGUAUCAAGGGGAUCAGGGAGCUGUUUAUAGCACAGCCUUUUCACAAGCCCAGAGCACACGACAGGCCCUGGGCCCCAGGCCGGAGCCAGACUCUGCAGCUUGGCCUCCUGU